CACAGAGACCCCCACGCUGGCUCCUGAGGAAGCUGGGCACUCAGUGUCUGCAGAAACAGAGACUUUUGCACAGUGGGAAUUUUAAGAACCCUUCCUUUGCAGAGGCUUGCCACCCAGCUCAGAAAGAUGGAUAACUGGAAGGUCUGGUUAAGGGGAGUCAGCAAAGGGAGUUAAGGAAGCUGGGGAGUGGAUGACCAGUUGGUUACAGUAACCUCAGGGCUGUGCUUGCUCCCUGGCUCUGACUCUACCCUCGUGCCUGUCCCCUCCUCCCUUGUCUCCCUAGGGCUACUGUAGGGCUGAGUGGGGCAGUAGCUCAGGACACACUGAUGGGUGAUGCGACAGCAGCUACCCUAGGCCAGUCUUGCCAACACCCCUCCUGCCCUCUGCAGCCUCUGGGUUGGAUGAGGGGCUGCAGGGUGAGAGCAGAGGCUGCUCUGAUCUGGCCUCUGGUUUGUACCUCUCCCUACUUGGCUGCCCCUUCUCUCACUCCACCUUUGCCAAGCCAGGACCCUCCUUCCCUGCUCCCAGAAGCCUCCUGAAGAACUCUUCCCUCAUUCCAAGGUGCUGCCGGCUGCCUUCUUUGGUCGUUGUCUGUUUCUUAUUUCUCUUUCUCUGAGUUUGUCUUUCCCACCAGAUGGUGGUACCCAGCAGGGAAGGCUGAACAGGGACUUAAGAUUUUAUUUCUGGUUCUAUACUCUAGAAAGCACAGAGCCUGGUACUAGAAGGUUCUUAGGGAAUGUCUGUGGAGUAAAAAUAAUGAUUGCUAUAUUCCUUCUUGCGCUGUGCUGCUCUCAGGUGAUUUAGGUAUGAAUUCUUUAAGCCUCACAACAACCUUCUUACAUUAUUUCCAUUUACAUGUGAAGAAACUGAGGCAGAUACUUGCUCCAGGUCAUACACGUGGGAAGUGGCAGGACUGUGCAGGUUGAUUUUAUCCAUUACACUAAAUAGCCUUCUGGUGAAUGAAUUCUUCUGGUUGGAAAUUUGUGGGAGGCUGACUGGGCCAACUGGGGUACUGGGAUUUCUUCCCAAAGACAAUGUGUAGUUGUGGGAUUUUUGCAGCUUUUGAACCUUCCAUGCAGUCUGGAAGGAUGUCUGUGCAGCUCCAGCUUGUGGGUGGUCCCUCCUGCCUGGAGGAGGGAGGGUGGGCUCACAGACCUUUCUGAAACUCCGGUACAACUUCUCUGGGCAGCAGACCUAUGAUGUGCCCGGGUUCCUGGCCUGGAAAAUGGAUCCAAGGAUUCUGUUUGUCUCAUGGGCCUAGGAUGUAAUCAGAUGAGGCAGGAAAGGGCCUCAGUUAUUGCCAAGUGGAGGGCAGACAUCCUUGGGCUGUUGUUUUGCUUUUAUGCCUCUUGGGGGUAUAAGAUAAGAGGAAGGAAGUAAGGGGUGAUAUGAUUGACUGGUACUCAGUGAUAUUUGGGAGUGCCUGCUGUGUGCCAGGCUUGGGCUAGGUGAGGGGGAGAUGGUCCCUGCCCUCCCAUAGCUUGUCAGCUCAGAUGCCAACUGGAGCUUGUUGCUGGGUCACAUCUGGGAAAUGCAGUCUCUCUUGACCCACUCUUUUUUUAAGGCAGUUUAAGGAAGAGGCUGAGCGAUAGCCAGACCUGGGUCCUGAGGUUCAGGGGCAUGAGAGUGAUGGGCUUGGAUUCUGGAGCUGGAUGGCCUCGUUCAUCUCCUGUCUCCACAGCUCCCAGCCACCCCACCUUGGUCAGGUCACGUCACGUCUUUGACCCUUGGUUUUCUGUCCUGUGAAAUAGGAAAAACCUGUGAGGAAAUGGGCCUUAUGAUGAGCAGGGUACUGGAUGCCACACUUGUAUUUCUUUGUAUUAUCCCCACAGCAGCUAUGCCAGAUAGGCCUCCCUGAACCCAUUUUACAGAUAAGGUCAGGAAGGCUCAGGGAAUUAAUGACCUUGACAGCAAAUGUCCCAGCACAUGUGAGGGUUGAGUGAAGGUUCAGAUCUAGGUCCUUUGGUGCUAAAGUCCUUGCUCUUUUCUUUUCAUAACGUUUUGCUGCUUUGUAUAAACAAGGCUUCCCAUGAUGAGUAUACCUAUCUGGUGCUCAGUCAGGAAGGGAAAUCCCAAGUGCCUGGGAGUAGGGCCUGGUCAGCUCGUGAGUUCUCUGUGGUCCCUGGAUGUGUCUGAGCUGGAGAAGAUCCAAGACCAGAGGGAAGUUCUCAGCCAAGGCCUUGGAGGGUUUAAGCUCCUCCUCACUCCCUCUGAGAAUGUUCCUCAGCAGGCUCAGCAAGACCACAGCCCAAGGAAAGACUCUGGGUGGCUCUCCCUGGCCUGGUGAUGGCUUUGGCCUUGAUAGCCUGAGGAGCCUGGCCUACCAAGGAGCAGGCCUGAAGUUCUUCUUGUGUUGUUGUUUUCUGAAGGCAAGCAAAGCUGAGCUGGCUGCUCCAGGAUGAACCACAGCUCCAAGAAGGGGAAGUAGAAGUCCUGCUGGCUCUGCUAUGGCGUGUGAACCGCAGAUGGACCCCGGUGGGGCAGUCGGCCCCUUGCCCACCUCCUCCCCUGGCUGGAGCGCCCUGCCUGGUGGGAGCCCUCCUGGCUGGGGGCAAGAGCUCCGUAAUGGCCAGGUCCUCACAGUUCUCCGGAUUGACAAUACCUGUGCACCCAUCUCCUUCGAUCUGGGAGCUGCAGAAGAACAACUGCAGACCUGGGGCAUUCAGGUGCCAGCUGACCAGUACAGGAGCCUGGCUGAGAGCGCCCUCUUGGAGCCCCAAGUGAGAAGAUACAUCAUCUACAACUCGAGGCCUAUGCGGCUGGCCUUCGCUGUGGUGUUCUACGUGGUGGUGUGGGCCAACAUCUACUCCACCAGCCAGAUGUUCGCCCUGGGCAACCGCUGGGUGGGCGUGCUGCUCGUGACCCUGGCUGCCAUGAGCCUGACCCUGACCCUCGUGCUCAUCUUCGAGAGACACCAGAGGAAGGCCAACACCAACACGGACCUAAGGCUGGCGGCUGCCAACGGAGCCCUGCUGAGACACCGGGUGCUGCUGGGGGUGACAGACACGGUGGAAGGCUGCCAGAGCGUGAUUCAGCUCUGGUUUGUCUACUUCGAUCUGGAGACCUGUGUGCAGUUUUUGUCUGACCACGUUCGAGAAAUGAAGACAAGCCAAGAGUCCUUGCUGAGAAGCAGAUUGAGCCAGCUGUGUGUUGUCAUGGAGACUGGGGUGAACCCCACGGAGGCCGAGGGGCCAGAGAACCUGCUAGAGGAAGCUCCUCUCUUGCCCGGCAGUCCUCGUCCCACGGAGAGGCCACUCAUGCAGACCGAGCUUCGCCAGCUUAUUCCUGAGGCUGAGCCGGAGGAAAUGGCGCAGCAGCUGCUGGCAGUGUUUGGUGGCUACUACAUCCGGCUCCUGGUGACCUCUCAGCUCCCCCAGGCGUUGGGGACACGACACACAGACUCUCCAAGGAUUCCGUGCCCCUGCCAGCUCAUAGAAGCCCACAUCCUGGGCACAGGGUGCUGCCCAUUCCUGGCCAGGUGACCUAGGGAUGAAGCUACUCAUCUUCCUCCAAGACUGAAGGUGAGAAGUCAGGGAGGCCUCAGGAGCCCAGGGUGGCCAACAGCAAGCGCUAGGCGAGGAGAGCAGCAGCUGGGGGCACUCUGACGGGGUUGUCACGUCAGCGCCGGGGAUGUUAUGCUCACUCCAGGACCCUGCGCAAAAAUGGCUUGUCAACAUCCCAUGCUGACUCCUGGCCUUUGCAGAAGCCGAUGGUCCUACCCGGAGCUACUUUUUAUGCUGCUUAGAGCCGUGGGCAUGGAUGAAAGGGCCACCCGCCCAUCCUUUUCAUUGUCUGGAGAGCCCAGGAAAUGUGAAGAUGACCCGACCGGGCUGAACGUGUGUCCAAAGCUCGGUCUCAGGUGAUACUCCUGUCCCCACCCCCUUUGUGUCAGCUGGAGACUCAGGGAGGAUGCUGCUCUUUGUGGCAUUGCCCUGGGCCCCUUAAAUUAUAAGACACCUCUUCCCAAUUUGAAGCGAAGAAGUAAAUUCUGAGAAUGUUCUGCAUUUUGGGGUUGUUCUUUCCCUACAUUUUCUGAAAAAUGGUGGCACUUGGGCUUGUCUGCUAGCACACAGGCCUUCAGGAGACAGAAGGAAGAAACAAACACCAUGUAACUGCCAAUGGGAGUAUUUGGAAUAGACCGAUCCUUUCUGAUGGGAGGACUUAUUUUGUUCAAAGGCAUGCAUACUUGUGGGUGUGGUUUCAUACCACAGAUGGAGAACAGCAGUCUGUUCCCUAACGCUAACGCUGUGCUGGAGUGAAGCGUAAUCUGUCACUCGUGGAAAUCCAUGAAGAGCUCAGAGGCUGCAGGGUGCUCUGCUUCUGAGCAAGUUUCAAGACCCAUUGUUCCCUACGCCCAAAUCUAAAAGCCCUAGCCUGGCAUUUAAAGGCUCCCCAGCGCCUAAGACCUGGCCUUCAUCUGCAAUUUUGGCUUCAUCGCCCAUAAAAAUCCUUCAUAGGUGGAAAGUCUUUCCUGGACUGACGUUCCUUUGCACCCGUUGGACUCCUGUGCAUGCUUUAAAAAAAAAUCUUUUUUAAAUUGAGGUGUAGUUGAUAUAAGAUACAUAGAAGUUUCAGGUGCACAGCAUAGUGAUUCACCAUUUUUAAAGGAGGAAGUGUGGGCUGUGAAUGCGAUCAGUAGACGCCCAUAUUUAUCAUCCAGCCAUAAAGCCCUGGUAAGUAUAAUAACAGGGAAUAAAAAUGUGUGUGUUUUGACAAAACAGCAGUUUUUUCCAUUUUACGGCUUCCUUAAAUGGCCCUUGAUGUGUUUUUUCCCGCCUUUUCCUCUCUUUAGUGUUUCUGGCGGUCUCACCCGGUGGGUGGGGCAUUCAGGUGUGCCCACAAGGUACAUUUCUUUGCAUCUGAGCCUGAGUUUCCUCUUUUAGAAAUUCUGUGAUCUUUGUCUUGCCUACUUCACAAGGUUGCUGUGAAGAUGAGAUUCCACAAAGCAACAUGUGCACUGUUUCAAAGCACUGUGUUGAUGAUGGGCGUGGAGCUGGUGAAGAUGGUGCCGUGUUGUGAAGUGGGAGCGGAGGGCUUGGAUUCUAGAGUCACACAUAUUCAAUCCAAGGUCUGCCACCUAGGAGCUGCAUCCUUCCCUUCCUUGGGUCUCAGUCCUCAAGUGUGGGAUGGGGAGAAGUGUGCCUACCUGGCAGGCGAUUGUGAAGAUUAACUGAUAUGAGAAAUGUAAAGUGCUUACAACUGUGAGUUGCAAACUCGAGUAACAGCUCAAUAAAUUGUUGUUGUUUCAUUAUUA